UUUGAAGAUGAAAACCAUCUUUAAGAUGUACUACUAUUCCCCAAAGAAGCAAAGAGAACUGACAGAAAUAAGAACUGCUAAAUGAGAAACUGGCACAUUUCAGUGGCCUGAAGAGCACACGGUGGCUUCCAAGCCGGCUGAGAUAUCUCAAGGCUGUGGAAAAAAAAUUCACUCCCACUGUUGUUCAUAUGGAGAACAUGGUAGGAGAAAGUGAUGUCUAGUCCGAGGAUGCAGCCAAGGCUAAGGGGUUGGUGCAGGAGAUGAAGACUGAGAAAUUUGUUCGCUUCCUGCAUUUCAUGUUGGACUACAGUACCAUCUUAUCCAAGUGCUGUACUGAUUUUCAGCAUGAUAACCUAAACAUCACACGAACAAAUCAGUUAGUUGAGAGCACCACAUCACGCUUACUCAGCCUAAAAACAAAACCAGAAUACCAGAAAACCUUGGACACAAAGUUCACAGCGAACGAGGAUGGUAGCAUUUGCUACUGUGAAACUCAGCUCACAAAAUUCAGUGACCUGCUAGAAUCGGUGAGGGCACAGACAAAGACACCUUUAGUGCAGAGAUUCAGAAGAUUAUUGAAAACACAGUCAUGUACAUGGACAACAGAUUUAAAAAUCUGCGUGAAAAGCCUCUCUCUUGUUUCAAGGUUUUUGACCCUUCCACUCUUCCCUACCCCAGAGAAGCGCUGGCAAAUUAUGGGGAUGAAGAGGUGGAUUAUCUUGUCACACAUUUUGCCAGUUUACUAGAUGAGGAAAAGAAAGAGAAAAUUCCACAAGAAUGGAUGGAUCUAAAAAUGUGGCUUGCAGAACACCGGGGUAGCAAGGUAGAUUGCUUGUACAGAGAUCUCCUCUCUGAGAAUUCAGAACACCUCUCUCAUAUCUUGUUGCUGGUGAAAUUAAUGCUGACACUCAGUCCAUCAACAGCCAUCUGUGAGAGAGGACUUUCUUGCAUGAACCGAGUGAAGACAAUACAUCAUACCUCUUUACACCCUGAAACACUGAAUGACUGCAUGCAACUCUCCAUUAAUGGGUAAACAGUUGAAUCUUUUUGCCCUGACAAGUCAAUUCGUUUCUGGAUGUUUUCUGGAAAAGGUUCAAGACACCUGGACCAUAAAACCCCAACAAGAACAAAGAGCAGUGAAAUGGAGGCUAAUGCACAGGAAGAGAAAGCUGAUGAAGGAGAUGCUAUGCCCUCAACGUCAAGUGGCAUUUUCUUAUCCGUGACUUCAGUGGAAAUUUCAGAUUCAGAAUCUGGCAGAUUCAUGCUCUACACAGUUCUUAGAAGUUCAUUGAAAUUUCUGUUCAGUUAGAACCAAAUAUUUGAGUUGAUGAUUGUAAAUGUUAUACAGUUGUUUUAAUUUGUGUUUUAACAAUUUUCUUAUUGAUAUUUUGUUUCCUUUACAAUAUUAUACAUUAAAAAUAAUCUCUUUUUUAUUCCGGCUACUUAAAUUUAUUUUGGGGUACCAAAAACUGAAGAGUGCCUGUUGGAAGGGCUACCAGGGAGUUUGAAAUUUUGCGAGCCCUGCAUAGGAUGUUUUUAUAAUAUGAUUCAGUUCAGUGUUCUGUUCAGUCCUCAUUCAUUUAAUCAAUGAGAGGUCUCUCCCGCUUCCAUCAGCACCCGCGCUCUCAGACAGUGCCCGUGGGUGGCCUGGCGCGCUUCCAGUGCCAGGUGGAUGGCCUGCCCGUGCCCAACAUCACCUGGGAGAGGAACGACGACCCUCUGCCCCUUCUGCCGAGGUACACCGCCCUGCCCAAUGGCGUGUUGCAGAUUUCGGGGGUACAGGAGGAAGACGUGGGUUCCUAUCGCUGUGUGGCCUCCAAUGCAGCCAACAGGCGUCUCAGCCGGGACGCAACCCUCACCAUAACGCCAGGCCACAUCACUUCGCUGGAGGAGGUAUUGAUUGCAGUCCCACCCCAGAACACCACAGUAGUAUUGGGUCGUACCACUGUCAUGGAGUGUAUGGCACAGGGACAGCCCAAACCAUUUGUUUCCUGGAGCCGGAUGGAUGCCAGACCAAUUUCCACGGACGUGGUGGUCCAACAGACAAACCUGGUGAUCCCAGACACCAGGAGCCACCACGCUGGCGUCUAUGUGUGCAGAGCCAACCGGCCCAAGACACGGCAGUUUGUCCUAGCGGCAGCCGAGCUGCGUGUGCUGGCUCCUCCCGUCAUCCUUCGGCCUCCAGACACCGUGUCUCUGUCCCGGGGCAACACGGCACGAUUCGUGUGCAACGCCUCUGGUGAGCCGGCCCCAAGCCUGCGCUGGUUCCAGAAUGGUGCUCCGGUGCAGCCCAACGGUCGCGUGAAGAGCCCGGCUCCUGGCGUUCUGCUCGUCAGCCAGCUGGCCGUGGCUGACGCUGGCUACUACCAGUGCCUUGCCUCCAACAGCCUGGGCACCGCCUGCGCUACGGCCAAGCUGACUGUCGUGGUGCGCGAGGGGCUCCCCAGUGCCCCCCGACUGCUGACUGUCACAGCGCACUCCAGUAGCACCGCCCUCCUCAGCUGGCAGCGACCAGAGCACAACAGCGAGCAAAUCAUCGGCUUCUCCGUGCACUACCAGCAGAAUGAAGGGGCAGAUAUCAGAGAAUAUCAGUUCGCUGUGAACAACGACACCACGGAAUUCUAUGUCAAGGAGCUGCUGCCUCACACAGCCUACACCUUUUAUGUGGUGGCUUACUCCCCCAUGGGAGCCAGCCGUCCAUCGCUGCCCGUUACCAUUACUAUGCUGGAGGAUGUGCCAGUCGCUCCCCCGCCGCUAUCCCUGCUCAGCACCUCCCCCACAGACAUUCAUGUCAUGUGGCUCCCCCUCUCUCCUGAGCUCAGUCGUGGGACCAUCACUCGCUACCGUGUUGACUACUGUGCCUUGGACAAGGCUGACCUGGUGUCCUCUGUGGAAGUGGCAGCGAAUGAGACCCAGGUCACCCUGAGACGCCUGAACCCUGGGCAGAUAUACCGGCUCCGUGUGGUGGCCGGAACCGGGGCCGGGUAUGGCCCACCAUCCGAAUGGACCCUGCACUGCACUCCGGACCUCUUCAACUACAGCAACGUCUUCCACGCCCCCACCGGGCUGAAAGUCCGAGCCAAGGCCUCCUCACUGGACGUAACCUGGCAGCCGUCACCCAACCACACCCACGUCUCCGGCUAUCGGCUCUACUGCCGAGAGGUUCUGUCGGACACGAAGGACACCAUGUCCGUCGAGUUGAGGAAGACAGCCCACCGCUAUGAGAUCAGGGAGCUGGCCCCGGACCAGCUCUAUGAGGUCAGAGUGCAGGCCUACAGCGAGCGGCGAGAUGGGUACUCUGCUGUGUGGAGGGGCCGGACGCAGAGGGAGCCGGCAGCUAGCGGAGGCCCUCCACCAGACGCCUUCCCACCCCCCCCACCCAGCAGCAUCCGGGCCUCUGCCAAUAGCUCCACCUCCAUCUGGCUGCGCUGGGACCGGCCGCGGGCAGGCGGCUCGCCGGCGGUGCACCACUACACAGUGCGCUGCAGCCCCGCGGGUCUUCGCAACGCCUCACUUGUCUCCUACUUCACUAGCACUGCACAGGAAAUUCUGCUGGAUGCCCUGAGACCCUCUACACGGUAUGAGCUGGCAGUGCAGUCCAACGGCCUUGAAGAGGCAGGACCCUUCAGCGGCACUGUGGAGGAGUCCACGCUCCCUGACAGACCCUCCACUCCCCCUGUGGAGCUGCAGCUCAGUGCCUUGGACUCCUCCACAGUGCUGGUCAGCUGGCGCCCCCCUGUGGAGCCCAACGGCAUCAUCGUGGAGUACAGGAUCCUAUACAGCAGCAGCAGCACCCAGCCUGACCACCUGUGGAGCUCCAUGUCCCUUGAUGGCAGCACCAUUAGCACGGAGGUGCAGAUGCUCCUCGGCGACACCCGCUACUACUUCAAGAUGGCGGCAUUGACUGAGGUGGGGGCGGGGCCCUACUCCCCCAUAAAGGAUGUGCACACGCCCCCUGCGGGACAUGGUUUAGAGCUGGACGUUCCCACGGUAACGGGCAUCCUGCUGGGCGUGUCUCUGGGCCUCCUAUGCAUCAUCCUGUGUGUGUGCUUCAGCCUUCGCGGGCACCGCAGCCGGAAGAUGCUGGGGGGGAUGGACUCCUCCCCUCUGGCUUUGCGGUACCCCCAAAGCGAGCCGGCCCUUCACGAGCUGGAAACACUCAUGUCUGCGGGAACCAAGGACCCAGCCAUAACUGCCGGGCAGCAAAGCCUUAUGGGUCGUGAUGUACACAGGGAAGGCCUGAUGCAGGCCUCUCUGUCCCCCGAGCGGGAGGAGAAGGAGGGGGUGAAUCUCCCCACCAGCAGCGCGCAGGUGGACGCAGAGGUGAUCAUUCACAGGACGCCAGAGUGCCAGGGAAGACCGGAGGCUGACGUUGAAACUGAAGCCUCCUUGGAUUGCAAAUUAAGCCCCGGUGGAAGCCAAACCUCGCCUACACCGACCAGCCCCGUUGGUCCGAAGCUGGGCCCUGAUCCCCGGGCAGUGCAGCCUCCCGACCCCUCCCUGGCAGAGGCGUCAGGGAGUCACGACGGGCAUCACCAGGGCGGGGGCUGCUGGGAACAGCACUCUCCCAGUUUUUACAGGGCGAGACUUAUCGACGGCUUCCAUUCGUUGAUGCCCCCCCCAAACGGAAGCUCUCUGUCACAGGAGCAUGGACGUUUUCCUCCCUUGUCCGCACAAGCGUCCCCACCCUCCUCUCCCGCAUCAAGCUCCGGCCCAGUCCAUGCUUUUGCAGCCUCGCACUGCUACCCUUAGCCAGAGCUGGACCAAGGACAGCGGGGACCCCCCCCCAACUCGCAGACCCAGUGCCCCUGUCAGUCUGAAGCAGGGAGACUCUGCCAUUCCUUCUGGCAGUCACACAGACGGGCUUUUGAUCCAACUAUUGUCCUUGGUAGAUAAUUAUUCAAAUUUCACCAUGAAAACUGGGGCCUGUAUCACCAAGCAGGAUUUCUUGCUUAGCUGGAUAACGUGUCAGAUUUAAGGUAGUCUGGGUUGAUGAUGGUGACGAUUACGCUUUAUUGAUCCCUGUGGGGAAAUUGCUCUCUGUAGGUGAGAGCAAGCUGGCCGUGAAAGGCAGCCACAGCAGCGACCAGGGAGCUGGGGAAUAAGGGCCUCGCUCAAGGGCCCGCAGAUGUACCGAGGCCGGGCUCAAACCAGCUACCUUCCAAGCACAGGCACAGAGGCUUAUCCCACUGAGUCGCACGCGGUCCCCUAGUGUAAUGUAAAUGUAAGUGAAUGAGGAUGAAGUCCAUUUAAAUUGGGGUGCCAUGUAUCUGACAAGUUAUCCGACUAAGCAAGAAAUCCUACUUGGUGAUACAGUCACAGUUUGCAGUGACAAGCUGUCACUUAGGACCAGAGGGGUAUCUGACUGAGACUGCAGCCUGUGCGACUCUCAACCACCGCAUCAUGCAGCCCUGGGGUCUAGACACAAACGGCCCAACAUAUUUGGGGUACAUCUGUGUUUUAUAAAGAGCCACGCUGUCCAUCAGUAACAAGUGGAACUGACAAUGUCAACCAAAAGAAAAAACAGUCACCUUUUAUUUUCCCUAAUGAAGGUAUUUUUUUCCCAGUAUGACAGACUGUGCUUUCAGUCUCCAGUCGUCCCAGUAGCUCUCGGCCAACACAACUACCUCAUUUCUGAAGAACACUCUGUCACUUAUUUCAUAUCUUUUGAGAUCUGUCCCCUUCGUGUGAGGAGAGACAGGCUUAUCGUUAUGAAAAGAGGGAAAGUUCUAGUAAAUAUUUUAUCUGAAGAGGUUGUGUGUCAGACUGUGUGUAUAACACAUAUGAUGUUCUUUUCUGACUGGGCCCCUCUAACCACACGAGGCCCUGCAGUGAUUAAAACAAAUAAAUGAUACUUUUUCAGGUUUUCCUUUUUAUUUGCCCAUGUGCAGAGGAGAACAGACAUUAUGAGAAUAGUCAGAGACUGGUUGUUGGUAUAAUGCAGUGUUUCCCAACCUUGCCACAGUCCACGUUUUUAUGCUUCCAGCUGGGCGGGAGCAAAAACAUGAACUGUUUGUGGGUCCCCGAGAGCCUGGUUGGGAAACACUGGUAUAAAGUAACACUGACGUACGUCUGAAUAGUUAGUGAUUACUUUAUUUCCUGUAUCUCUUUAAACAAUGGUUACCUGUGUUCUGUACGAAAGUACCUUUAAGGUGUGCUCCUUCUGCUGUAGGCCAGAACUGAAUCUCGCACUGCAU